AUGCAUAGCAUGAAGAAGAAACAAAGGCAUAUCGUUUCUUGGUCUCAAGAGGAGGAUGAUAUUUUGAGAGAGCAGAUUCAAAUACAUGGAACUGAGAAUUGGGCAAUAAUCGCGUCUAAAUUCAAAGAUAAAACAACCAGACAAUGUAGAAGAAGAUGGUUCACUUAUCUGAAUUCUGAUUUCAAGACAGGAGGCUGGUCAGCUGAGGAAGACAUGCUCUUAUGUGAGGCACAGAAGAUAUAUGGAAACAGAUGGACUGAGAUUGCAAAGGUAGUUUCAGGCAGAACUGAUAAUGCUGUGAAGAAUCGGUUCACGACUCUGUGUAAGAAGAGAGCAAAGCGCGAAGCCUUAGCGAAAGAAAACAGAACUUCAUACGUCAAUUUAAACAACAAAAGGGUUGUAUUUCCAACAGGGCUUAAUACAGAUGGAGUAACUGCAAGUACAGUACCUCUUAAAAAGAAGAGGAUGGCUUUCGGGUCAAAUCAAACAGAAACCUGCAACCACGGAGAAAAAUUAGUCCAAGAAUGUGGGACUGCAAAUCAUCUGUUGAGACCUCCAUUUGCAGUACUAAAUCAGAACUUCCAUAAUAGCGAGGGUAACUUGUUGAUUCAGCCGCACGUCAACCACAUGAAGGAGGCUAUAGUUGAUGGAACUGCAAAUAACAAAACUCAUGGAACAUUUAUUAAGAAAGAUGAUCCCAAGAUGCUUGCAUUGAUGCAGCAAGCAGAAUUGCUCAGCUCACUAGCAAUAAAAGUUAAUUCCGAGAACACCGAUCAGAGUCUUGAAAACGCCUGGAAGAUUCUCCAAGAUUUUCUCAAACAAAACAAAGAAUGUGAUCGGCACAAAUUCUGCUUUGAUGAUACUGAUUUUCAACUGGAGAAUUUCAAGGAGUUGCUACAGGAUUUAAGGAGUAGUAAUGUAGGCAGUAGACCAUUGAGGCAAACUGAUCCAUAUGAGGAGUCACCAUCCAGCUCUGAAUUUAGUACAGGGUCGACCCCGCCAUCUCGUGCAUCUGGUGACAAAACAGAACUGUGUCAAGCUAAAUUGUGUACACAUCAGGAAACCGGUCCCAAAUCACAAACAGAUCAAUUGGGUGAUUCACACUGUCUUGCUGAGGGAAACAGGAAAUGCUGUGAUGCAAACAUAAAUGAAGUGGAAAAUUUGCUAGCUUGUGAUGAAAUAAAAGCUGAUAAUGGAGUUGUCAAUGAAUAUUCUAACAUAAAAUUCAGUUCCCCUGUUCAAGUGACUCCAUUGUUCAGAUCACUGGCAGCAGCAAUUCCCAGCCCAAAAUUUUCAGAAAGUGAGAAACACUUCUUGAUGAAAACACUUGGAAUAGGGUCGGCAUCCCCAGGUCCGUGCACCAAUCCUUCAAAACCUCCGCCCUGCAAAAGAUGGACUAGAAGAUACUGGGCAAGUAUGAUUCUUGCUUCACUCCCUGAGAAGCCAAAGCUUUCUUUACCAUCUCAAGUCUUUGUAAAAUUUAUUCUGAUAAGUAAAAAAAAGAAAGGCGAUAAAAGACCUACCUGGUCCAAUCUGUCCAUGCUCGGGAGCAUUCCAGCACAAAAUGAGGACACACGAUCCUACAAAUGA